GCAGCCAUGGGCAAGCACAGCAGUAAGCUGGCCCCAGAGAUGCUGGAGGACUUGGUGAGGAGCACGGAGUUCAGCGAGCAGGAGCUGAAGCAGUGGUACAAGGGCUUCCUCAAGGACUGUCCCACUGGCAUCCUCAACCUGGAGGAGUUCCAGCAGCUCUACAUCAAGUUUUUCCCCUACGGAGAUGCCUCCAAGUUUGCCCAGCACGCCUUCCGCACCUUCGACAAGAACGGGGAUGGGACCAUUGACUUCAGGGAGUUCAUCUGUGCCCUGUCUGUCACCUCCAGGGGCACCUUCGAGCAGAAACUCAACUGGGCUUUUGAGAUGUACGACCUGGACGGGGAUGGGAAGAUCACGCGCUUGGAGAUGCUGGAGAUCAUUGAGGCCAUUUACAAGAUGGUGGGGACUGUGAUCAUGAUGAGGAUGAACCAGGAUGGGCUGACGCCCCAGCAGCGUGUUGACAAGAUCUUCACAAAGAUGGACAAGGACAAGGAUGACCAGAUCUCCCUGGAGGAGUUCAAGGAGGCAGCCAAGAGUGACCCCUCCAUCGUCCUCCUCCUGCAGUGUGACAUGCAGAAAUAGAGCCCUGGGCUCAGCGCCGGACUGGCUGCAGCCAGCCUCUGCUCCCUGUGGUGGUCUCACCCCCAUUUU